AUGGAACUCGGUGCGAAGACGAUGGAGUGGUCGAAAGAACUCUUCGCCUCGGCUUGCUUUCUGAAGCGUUUUUCAUACAACAACUAUCCGAGAUGCUUGAAGCAAUGGUCGGGUAGGUAUAUUUAUAAGCCAAUAAUGGAUCGGACGUGUUGCCCACAGUACACGAUCAGACUAGACUGCACGAAGUAUAUUUUAUCUCGAAGUCAGCGACGGAUCCUUCGUCAAAUGAACGAGUACUUGAGAAGCGACACAAAAAAUGUGAGAAAUGUUCGAGAGGAAGCAACAGCUUGUGGGGCGAAUCUGCAAGCGGAUAGGGCGCUUGUAAAGGAAGACGCGAGCCACAAUGAUCGCUUACCAAAGAAGAAGGAUAAAUCUGGUAACCCAGUGCGUAAGAAGAAGGAGAUGAGGCGAGAACGAUGUUUUGCUAGAUGGCGCGAUAAAGGAUUAAAUGAAGAGGAGAUGAAAAAAGCUCGUGUAGCGAAAGUGGGUACAAAUCUAUGUUGUGCGACCGUCCACUUUUCUUUUUUGAUAAGUCAUCGGCUCUCACCAGUGGAAUCACCUGCAUGA